GACGACCAAACAAAGCCAUACUAAUUUCCACGCAUCUGUCCUCUAUUUAAGGGCGCAUUAAUCAUUUUGUGGGGCAGUUGACAAAUAAAGUGUACAGCGCGAACCACAGAAUCCAUAACGCUGAAAGUAGUUAACCCUCAGUUUAGCGUGGAAAUCAUCAGCACCAUGACUAACUACGAAAAUCUACCGUUAUAUGCAGAAAAUGUGAAAGUUUUCGUUAAAGUGGGAUUCAUCGACUCAAACGGCCUGGUGAAGGGACUUCUAUUUUGCUUAAUGCUAAUAACAACAUAUGUGGGGGCAAUCAUAAAUCUGUGUAAGACAUGGAAUGAGGAUAUUGGCGAGACAACCAUGAAUUUUCACUGUUUUUUGCUUGUGACACAUUGUUUAAUUCGUUUCUGCAUUGUCGUGAAGAAGAAGAAUAAAUUUGAGCGCUUCUUUCAAUGUGUCGAGCAGUGGCACAGAGAAAUCGAGCGAAACGACGAUCCACAAAUGGUCGGUAUACUAAAGGAAAUCACCAAACGAACUCAAUUGUGGAGCAAAAUGACCAUCUAUGUAGCCGCUGGAGGAACAUUUGCCGCUAUCUUCUAUCCCUUAUCAUUUGAUGGACGCAGACAUAUGAUAACAAUGCAAUUUCCACACUUCGAUGUCCUCCAAACACCCUUCUAUGAAAUAUUUUUUCUCUUGCAAGUGACGUGGCUAACGCCGGCCACUUUAGCUCUCUCUCUCCCGUUUACGAAUAUUUUCCUCAUAUCUCUUAUGUUCGGUGAACUGGUCUUAAAGGAUUUGUGUGUGAAGCUAAGAAAUAUACGCAGUGAUAAUGAAGAAAUCAUGCUACAAGAGUUCAAGAAGUGCAUUGCGUAUCACCAAAAAAUUAUCGCUUUGUGUGAUGAUCUCCAAGAUUUGCUUUCAAUGGAUGGAUUCUUUCACGUUGCGCUCUUUGGUAUGAUGCUCUGCAUGCUGCUCUUCUUCCUCUCAAUGAUACAUGAUCUCCGACUUAUUUUAGCGGCACUGUCAUUUGUCAGUUUCACUACUUAUAUUAUUAGCAUUACCUAUUAUUAUGCAAACAAACUAGCAACUGAGAGCCUUGAAGUGGCCAACGCCGCCUACGACACACCUUGGUAUAGAGGAAAUUUGGAAAUGCGUAAAUGUGUCAUUACUAUGAUCGCAAGAUGUCAGAAACCUCUACAAAUGACGGCCGGUGGAAUAUAUCCGAUGACUAUGGAGACUUUCCAAGCCAUUUUACGUGUUUCGUACUCAUAUUUUUCCCUACUACAAGGACUCAAUCAACAAGAUUCUAUUGAUCUUGCAGAUAUCAGUUUACACAACAAGAGAACUAAGUAUUUUUCAUUGAAUAACGGACUUGUAAAGCAGCGCAACAAAAUGCAGAACUAUAAGAAUUUACCGUUAUAUUCAGUAAAUGUGAAAAUCUUUCUGCAACUGGGACUCAUCGGUCGAUCCACCCAGACAAAGCAAAUACUCUUGGCUUUCGUGCCGGUGGCCACAUAUUUGGGACAAAUCAUCAAUUUAUAUAAGACGUGGGGUGGCGUCAUCGGUGAGACGGGCAUGAAUUUUUAUAUGCUGGCGCACAUAACACACUGCUUGGUUAGAUUACUCAUGGUGGUGCGCAACAAUGAGCGGUUCAUGUGUUUCUUACAAAGCACCGAUCGCUGGUAUGAGGAUAUUGAGUUAAACAGUGAUGCGGAAGUGGUCCUUAUGCUGCAGGACGUCACCACACACACUCAUAAGUUAACACGCAUCGGCUUCUACACCAUCACCAUUGGCGCGCUAUUUUCUUACAUAUAUCCCUUUUCUUUCGAAGAACGCAAAUUUAUACUUCAUAUACAUUAUAUUUUCUUUGACGCCAAACAAACGCCAUUCUACGAAUUUUUCUUUCUCCUACAAGCGCUGGUGUUGGUGCCGACAUUCGUUUUCGUUUAUCUGCCAUUCAUGAAUAUUUUUCUUACGUCGCUCAAAUUCGGCGAGGUGAUUUUGAUGGAUCUGCGCACGAAGUUUCGAAACAUCAGCAAACAAAAAGAGGCGACCCAACUGCGAGAGUUUAAGGAAUGCCUUUUGUAUCAUGAGAAAAUCAUUUCUUUCCGCAAUGAUCUCGAAUAUUUAGUUUCAAUCGAUGGAUUCUUUCACGUUGCUCUCUUUGGCUUAAUGCUCUGUAUGCUGCUCUUCUUUCUCUCAUUGGUACAUGAUCUUCGUCUCAUAUUAUCAGCAUUGCCGUUUAUCAGCUUUAACUUUUACGUCAUCGGUAUAACCUAUUAUUAUGCUAAUAAUUUCUCGAACGAGAGCCUAAAAGUUGCCUAUGCCGCCUAUGAUACACCGUGGUAUGAGGGCAACAUGGAAUUACGCAAAUGUGUGCAGAUUAUGAUCGCCAGAAGCCAUAAGCCACUCGAAAUUAAGUCCGGUGGACUCUAUCCGAUGACUUUGGAGAACUUUCAAGCAAUUUUGCGUAUAUCGUACUCGUAUUUUUCGAUGCUGCAAGGCUUCAGUCAACAAUAACUUAGAAAAUUAAGA